AAAGAUUCGAGCAAAAGCCCGGAUGUAGAAGACUGCCAUUUUGAGGAAGAAAAAGUUAAUUCAGUCUUCAUUUCGUUCUAUUUCUCCACCAAUACUAAGUAAUUCAAGUAAAUUCAAAACAGAUAGUUGGUCCAGGUGCCGUAGUACGCUAUGGCAGACGCCGGCGACGGUGAUAGUGGAGGGAACUCCGGGCAGACCGUCGUAGAUACGACAGCCUUUUGCAACUAUUUGAAACGGGUCGUUCCGGUUUUGUUGGAAGAUUCUGACGAUGUUCCACAGGGUCUCUACAAUGCCUUGAAAGAAAAACCAUGCGUAGAACAAAUGAAAAAGUUCCUGAGUGAUCCUCAAGUACCUGGGUUGCUUGUACAAAGAACUGUGGUGAAAGAUGAUGAUGUCAGUGAAGGAGGUGAGACUGAAGCAGAAAGUGUUACAUAUCAUGUCUCUGCUGAUAUACACUUCACCAGCUCAAAAAUGCUGAGUUUGGUUGUUGUGAAGAGAGUGCCUGUAGUAGAGGCAGACAAGAGCCUGGCCUCCCAGCUGUGUGUAAUGAACCUCCCUGAUGGAUCCCCCUAUGAGACCCUACAUACAUAUGUCAGCAGUGCUGUAGCUCCCUACUUUAAAUCAUAUAUAAGGGAGACAGGAAAAGUUGAAAGAGAAGGGGACAAGAUGGCACCUUCAGUUGAGAAAAAGAUCGCAGAGCUUGAAAUGGGAUUACUACAUCUUCAACAGAACAUUGACAUCCCUGAGAUCACCCUGCCUGUCCACCCAACUGUUGGUGCAAUGAUCAAGAAAUGUGCAGAAGAGGGAAGGAAACCCAAAGCCUCAGACUUUGAUGACAAAGUUGAAGAUGCAACUUUCUUGAAUGCACUACAAAGUGGUGUUAAUCGCUGGAUAAGAGAAAUUCAGAAGGUGACCAAGUUAGAUAGGGACCCUGCCUCAGGAACAGCCAUGCAGGAGAUUGCAUUCUGGCUCAACUUAGAGAGAGCCCUACUGAGGAUUCAGGAGAAACGGGAAAGUAUUGACAUCGCUCUGACCCUGGAUAUCCUGAAACAUGGAAAGAGGUUCCACGCCACUGUCAGCUUUGACACUGAUACAGGCCUUCGGCAGAUCCUUGAUACUGUGAAUGACUACAACCCAUUGAUGAAGGACUUUCCCCUGAAUGACCUUCUCUCAGCUACUGAACUAGACAAGAUCCGAACAGCACUUCAGGCAAUCUUCAACCACUUGAGGAAGAUCAGAAGCACCAAGUACCCCAUACAGAGAGCACUCAGAUUGGUGGAGGCGAUCUCUAGGGAUCUAAGCUCUCAGAUGUUGAAGGUUCUAGGAACUCAGCGUUUGAUGCAUAUUCCCUUCGAUGAAUUUGAGCGCAUUAUGAAUGCCUGUUUUGAUGUAUUCAGUAUUUGGGAUGAUGAGUAUGAUAAGCUCCAAGUGUUACUGAGGGAUAUUGUCAAGAAGAAGCGUGAUGAACACCUCAAAAUGGUCUGGCGAGUCAACCCUGCACAUAAACGUCUACAGAACAGACUCGACCAGAUGAGAAAGUUCCGUCGUCAGCAUGAGCAGCUCCGUCAAGUGAUAGUGAGAGUUUUAAGGCCAGCGACAACCACAAGGUCUGAAGAUGAGGGAGAUGCCAAGGCUGAACCUAUGGCUCUUGAUGCAGCUGAUGUCAAUGCCAUUGAGGAGGUGAAUUUAGCCUAUGAGAAUGUUAAAGAAGUAGAUGGCCUUGAUGUGUCUAAAGAGGGCACUGACUCCUGGGAAGCUGCCAUCAAAAGAUAUGAAGAGAGGAUAGACCGUGUAGAGACCCGUAUCACAGUGAGACUGAGAGAUCAACUUGGGACCGCAAAGAAUGCCAAUGAAAUGUUCCGCAUUUUCUCACGUUUCAAUGCCUUGUUUGUGCGUCCACAUAUUCGUGGGGCUAUUCGGGAAUACCAGACCCAACUGAUACAAAGAGUCAAGGAUGACAUUGAGUCCCUUCACGAGAAAUUCAAGGUUCAGUAUGGCCAAAGCAAGGCAUGCAGAAUGAGCAGAGUGAGGGAUCUACCUCCUGUAUCAGGCUCUAUUAUAUGGGCAAAACAGAUUGAGCGCCAGCUGAGUGCCUACAUGCACAGAGUAGAGGAUGUUCUGGGCAAAGGCUGGGAACAACAUGUGGAAGGACAGAGACUGAAGAGUGAUGGGGACAGCUUUAAACUGAAGCUUAACACACAGGAACUGUUUGAUGAGUGGGCAAGAAAGGUACAACAAAGGAACCUUGGUGUCUCUGGGAGAAUAUUUGCCAUAGAGAGCACCAGAUCCAGGCUGGCGGGUAAAGGCAACGUCCUUAAGCUGAAGGUCAACUUCCUGCCUGAGAUCAUCACACUCUCCAAGGAGGUGCGUAAUCUGAAAUGGCUGGGAUUCAGAAUUCCACUUGCUAUUGUGAACAAGGCCCAUCAAGCUAACCAGCUCUACCCCUUCGCUAUCUCACUCAUAGAGAGUGUACGCACUUAUGAACGCACCAAUGAGAAAGUAGAAGAGAGACCCUCAAUCACAUUACUUGUUGCUGGUAUGAAACGUGAAGUUCAAGGAUUGAUCGGGGAAGGUAUGGGUCUUGUGUGGGAGUCAUACAAACUGGACCCAUAUGUACAGAAACUGGCCGAGAAUGUCUUCAACUACCAAGAAAAGGUGGAUGACUUGCUAGCCAUAGAAGAGGAAAUAGACAUAGAUGUGAGAUCCAUUGAGACAUGUGCCUACAACUCAAACACAUUCAGUGAAAUCCUAAACAAGAUCCAGAAGGCAGUGGAUGACCUGAGUCUACACCAGUACUCCAAUCUGCCACACUGGGUGGCAAAACUUGACCAAGAGGUCGAGAAGAAGCUAGCUGGUAGAAUCCAAGCAGGUUUAACAGCAUGGACUCAUUGCCUCAAAGGACAGGACAGUGAUAUGGGAGAUCUAAGCAUGGACACUGAUGCCCCUACCCAGGUGGCUCACAAACCUGGAGGAGAUCCACAGAUCAAGAACCUGAUGCAUGAGUUACGUAUCACCAACCAAGUGAUGUUCCUACAUCCUCCAGUAGAGGAGGUGCGUGUACGCAUCAUGCAGGAAUUGUUUGCUUGGGAGGCUGUUAUCACCUCUCUUCCCAGAAUUCAACACUCCCGAUACCAAGUGGGUCUUGAGACUGAAUCUGCCAUGGACAGCACAUACAGGAGUGUGCUGACCAAACUACCGGAUGGCCAGGGUGUGCUAGAAAAUUCAUAUGAGGCCAUUGAUGUGUUAGUGAGGGAAGUGAACCAGUAUGUCAAGACAUGGUUGGACUACCAGUCUCUAUGGGACCUUCAGUCAGACAUGGUUUACAACAGACUAGGGGAAGACAUGGACCAAUGGAUGGAAGCCUUGGACCAAGUCAAGGAACUGAGGAAGACAUUUGACACUUCUGAAAACAGCAAGGCAUUUGGUCCAGUGACUAUCAUGUUCGGCAAAGUCCAAUCCAAGGUGUCACUCAAGUAUGACUCUUGGCACAAAGACAUCAUCAGCAAGUUUGGAAAUAUGCUGGGUGGAGAAAUGUCCGAGUUCCAUAGCACUGUAUCCAAUUCUCGUUCUGAGCUUGAGCAACAGUCCAUAGACACAGCCUCUACAUCAGAUGCUGUCAGUUUCAUCACAUACGUACAAAGUCUGAAGCGGAAGAUGAAGAGCUGGGAGAAGCAGGUGGAAAUGUACAAAUCGGGCCAGAGGUUGCUAGAGAGACAACGCUUCCAGUUCCCUUCAACCUGGAUGUACAGUGACAACAUAGAGGGAGAAUGGGGUGCGUUCAAUGACAUCAUCAAGCGCAAGGACUCCUCUAUUCAGACCCAGGUGGCCAGUUUGCAAAUGAAGAUUGUCUCAGAGGAUAAAAUCGUUGAAGACAAAACUGGCACACUGUUGGUGGACUGGGAGAAAGAGAAGCCAACUUCUGGCGAUCUCAAGCCUGACUCUGCCUUGAAGACGAUCGCUAUCUUGGAGGGCAAGUUCACCAGAUUGAAGGAAGAGAGAGAUAAUGUACAGAAAGCCAAGGAGGCUCUGGAACUCACUGAGCCAGGAGUUGUUGGUCCAAGUGAAGAGAGAGUCCAAGUGGCCUUGGAAGAACUGCAGGACUUGAAGGGAGUCUGGGCUGAGCUGGUUAAGAUCUGGGACCAGAUAGAUGAACUCAAAGAAAAGCCAUGGCUCUCAAUACAGCCAAGAAAGAUUCGCCAAUCUAUAGAUGGUCUGCUUGGCCAGUUAAAGGACCUACCAGCUAGACUAAGGCAGUACGCAUCCUAUGAGCAUGUCAAAAGAACACUACAGAACUUUGCUAAGGUGAAUGGCUUAGUAACUGAACUGAAGUCAGAGGCACUGAAGGAACGUCAUUGGAAGUCAUUAAUGCGCCAGCUCCGUGUCAACUGGCUGCUCAAUGAUCUAACACUGGGCCAUGUAUGGGAUAUUGACCUACAGAGGAAUGAGGGCAUAGUAAGAGAUGUCUUGUUGGUUGCUCAGGGAGAGCAGGCUUUAGAGCAAUACUUGAAGCAGGUGGCUGAGGUAUGGCGUACAUACGAGUUGGAGUUGAUCAAUUACCAAAACAAAUGUCGUCUGAUUCGUGGAUGGGACGACCUCUUCAACAAGGUGAAGGAACAUAUCAACUUUGUGGCGGCCAUGAAGCUUUCCCCCUACUACAAGCAAUUUGAGGAGGAGGCGCUAUCAUGGGAGGAUAAGCUGAACAGGAUCAAUGGACUGUUUGAUGUUUGGAUAGACGUCCAGAGGAGAUGGGUUUAUCUGGAGGGGAUCUUUACUGGGAGUGCCGACAUCAAACACCUUCUGCCUGUAGAGACUUCACGAUUCCAGAGUGUGAGUACUGAAUUCCUGGGACUGAUGAAGAAAGUGUCCAAGUCACCCCUGGUGAUGGAUGUGCUGAACAUCCAGAACUCGCAGAGACAGCUAGAGAGGCUGGCAGACCUGUUGGGAAAGAUACAGAAGGCACUUGGAGAGUACCUGGAGAGGGAGAGAGCUUCAUUCCCCAGGUUCUACUUUGUGGGAGAUGAGGAUCUGUUAGAGAUCAUAGGUAAUAGCAAAAAUGUUGGCCGCCUGCAGAAACACUUCAAGAAGAUGUUCGCUGGUGUGGCGAGUAUUCUCCUGAAUGAGGACAACACUGAAGUCAUUGGAAUUGCAUCCAAGGAAGGGGAAGAGGUUUUGUUCUCGUCGCCUGUCAACCUGCUUGACAACCCCAAGAUCAAUGAGUGGCUCACCCUGGUGGAGAAACAGAUGCGAGUGACUUUAGCGCAACUCUUGGCCGCAGCCACUGCAGAUAUUGCCCAGUUCCGUUCUGGAAAUAUUGAACCAAAGGCCUACAUGGAGUGGGUUGAUAAAUAUCAGGCCCAAUUGGUGGUAAUAGCAGCCCAGGUGAUGUGGUCAGAGAGUGUGGACAAUGCCCUACAGCAGAUAGAAAAGAAAGGAGGUAAAGACUUCAGCCCCCUGCAGGCUGCCUUAGACACUGUAGAGAAGACACUGGGUGUACUGGCAGAAUCUGUACUACAAGAGCAACCACCUGUCAGACGAAAGAAACUUGAACACCUUAUCACAGAGCUUGUUCAUCAACGUGGUGUCACAAGAACAAUGGUCAAAAAUGAGGUGAAUAGUCCAAAGGCAUUUGAUUGGCUGUGUCAGAUGAGGUUCUAUUUUGACCCUAAAAACCCUGAACCACUCCAUCAGCUGUCUAUUCAGAUGGCAAAUGCCAAAUUCAACUAUGGCUUUGAAUACCUGGGAGUACAGGAGAAACUUGUCCAGACCCCAUUGACAGACAGGUGCUACCUGACCAUGACACAGGCCUUGGAGGCAAAACUGGGAGGAUCACCUUUUGGUCCUGCUGGUACUGGAAAGACGGAAUCAGUAAAGGCAUUGGGCAACCAGCUUGGACGCUUUGUGCUGGUCUUCAACUGCGAUGAAAAGUUUGACUUCCAAGCCAUGGGUCGUAUCUUCGUUGGUCUUUGCCACGUGGGAGCAUGGGGCUGCUUUGAUGAGUUCAAUCGACUUGAGGAACGUAUGCUCUCUGCCGUCUCCCAACAGAUUCAAACAAUUCAAGAGACUCUGAAACAACUCCUAGAAGAUGGCGGCAAGAACAAGAGCCUCAUUGUGGAGCUGAUCGGCAAACAAGUGAAAUUGAACCCAGACAUGGCCAUCUUUAUCACUAUGAACCCUGGUUAUGCAGGACGUUCAAAUCUACCUGACAAUUUGAAGAAGUUGUUCAGAAGUUUGGCAAUGACUAAGCCAGAUCGACAGUUGAUUGCCCAAGUGAUGUUGUACUCACAGGGUUUCAAGCAGGCCGAGAAGUUAGCAGAGAAGAUUGUGCCAUUCUUCAAGCUUUGUGAUGAACAGUUGUCCCCACAAUCUCACUAUGACUUUGGACUCCGUGCCCUGAAGAGUGUGUUAGUGAGUGCUGGUAAUGUGAAGCGUGACCACAUUGAGAAGGUUAAGGAACAGAAGACUGCACGUGGUGAGGCUGUUGAUGAAGCAUCCAUCGCUGAACAGCUUCCAGAACAAGAGAUCUUGAUCCAGUCAGUCAUGGAGACCAUGGUGCCCAAAUUGGUGGCUGAGGACAUUCCCUUGUUGAACAGUCUGCUGUCUGAUGUCUUCCCUGGAGUGAGCUACAACCCUAACCAGAUGAAGGCCCUACGAGAGGAGCUGAGGAAGGUCUGCAAGGAGAUGCAUCUCAUCUAUGGUGAGAAGGAAGAGGAUGGCGCUCAAUGGGUGGACAAGGUGUUGCAACUGUACCAGAUCAGUCAGCUUCACCAUGGUUUGAUGAUGGUGGGCCCCAGUGGCUCAGGAAAGAGCUCUGCAUGGAGAGUGCUCUUCAAGGCCCUGGAGAGAAUGGAGGGAGUGGAAGGUGUGGCACAUGUCAUUGAUCCCAAGUCAAUCUCCAAGGAGGUGCUCUAUGGUGUUCUAGAUCCUAACACUAGAGAGUGGACAGAUGGUCUCUUCACACACACACUGAGAAAGAUCAUUGAGAAUGUCAGAGGUGAACUGAACAAGCGUCAGUGGAUCAUAUUUGAUGGAGAUGUCGACCCUGAGUGGGUGGAGAAUCUUAACUCUGUACUGGAUGACAGCAAGCUUCUCACUUUGCCUAAUGGUGAACGUCUAGGUAUUCCACCCAAUGUGCGUAUCAUGUUUGAAGUCCAAGAUCUGAAGUACGCUACCUUGGCAACAGUGAGUAGAUGUGGCAUGGUGUGGUUCAGCGAGGAUGUCUUAGCAACGGAGAUGAUCUUCCAGAACUUCCUCACUCGUCUCCGCAACGUCUCAGUAGAAGAGGGAGAGGAAGAACAUGUAGGGGAACUAGCUGAGGAUAACAUUACAAUUAACAUGCAGGUUCAAAGGGACAUUGCUAGUAUUCUGAGCCCAUUCUUCUCAUCUGAUGGCCUCGUUAUCAGAUGUCUGGAAUAUGGAGCCAGCUUGGAGCACGUCAUGGAUUACACACGUUUGCGUGCACUCAGCAGUCUCUUCUCAAUGAUCAACCAAUCAGUGCGCAAUGUAUUGACGUACAAUUCAAACCAUGCCGAUUUCCCAAUGCAGCAAGACCAACUGGAGCGCUACAUGCCAAAGUGCUUGGUCUAUGCCCUGUUGUGGUCCAUGUCUGGAGACGGCAAGCUGAAGGUGCGCAGUGACAUGGGAGAUUUCAUUAGAGGAGUGACAACCAUACCUCUACCCCCAGGUGCCCAGAUGCCCAUCAUUGACUAUGAGGUUGCUAUCAGUGGAGAAUGGUUACCAUGGCAAUCUAAAGUACCAUCAGUUGAGGUUGAGACUCACAAGGUGGCAGCACCUGAUGUUGUCGUGCCAACACUAGACACCGUGCGUCACGAGUCUUUGCUGUACACCUGGCUAGCAGAACACAAGCCGCUGGUGCUGUGUGGACCUCCUGGCUCCGGGAAAACAAUGACACUGUUCAGUGCAUUGAGGGCACUACCAGAUCUUGAGGUGAUAGGUCUGAACUUCUCGAGUGCAACCACUCCAGAGUUGAUGAUGAAGACGUUUGAUCAAUACUGCGAGUACAGACGCACCCCCAAUGGGACAGUCCUCUCACCCAUACAGCUCAACAAGUGGCUCGUUCUCUUCUGUGAUGAAAUCAAUCUUCCAGACAUGGACAAAUAUGGCACCCAGAGAGUCAUCUCCUUCCUACGUCAGAUGGUGGAACAUGGUGGAUUCUUCAGGACAUCUGACCACACAUGGGUGAAGUUUGAGCGCAUACAGUUUGUGGGAGCAUGUAAUCCACCUACUGAUCCAGGCAGGAAACCACUAUCUCACAGGUUCCUGCGUCACGUCCCUGUUGUCUAUGUGGACUAUCCAGGCAAGACAUCUCUGUCACAGAUUUAUGGAACCUUCAACAGAGCCAUGUUGCGAUUGGUCCCAAGUCUCCGAGCAUAUGCUGACCCUCUGACAAAUGCAAUGGUGGAGUUCUACACUAUGUCUCAGGAGCAGUUCACCCAAGACAAACAACCCCAUUACAUCUACAGUCCUCGUGAGAUGACACGUUGGGUGAGAGGCAUAUGUGAGGCAAUUAGACCCCUGGAGAGCCUACCAGUGGAGGGAUUAGUGAGACUUUGGGCCCAUGAGGCUCUCAGACUCUUCCAAGACAGACUUGUUGAAGAUGACGAGAGAAUCUGGACUAAUGAGAACAUCAACGCUGUGGCUUUAAAGCAUUUCCCCAACAUUGACCGCAAUGCUGCCCUUCAAAGACCCAUACUGUACAGCAACUGGCUCUCAAAGGACUACAUGCCUGUGGAGAGAGAGGAGCUGAGAGACUAUGUCAAAGCAAGACUGAAGGUGUUCUAUGAAGAGGAACUAGAUGUGCCACUUGUGCUGUUUGAUGAGGUUCUGGACCAUGUCCUCAGAAUUGACAGGAUCUUCAGGCAACCCCAGGGGCAUGUGCUAAUGAUUGGCAUAUCUGGGGCUGGCAAGACCACAUUGUCCCGCUUUGUGGCAUGGCUGAAUGGCCUCAGUGUGUUCCAAGUGAAGGUCCACAAUAAGUACACUGCCGCUGACUUUGAUGAGGAUCUUAGACAUGUGCUGAGAAGGUCUGGUUGUAAGAAUGAGAAGAUCUGCUUCAUCAUGGAUGAGUCUAAUGUGAUGGACAGCAGUUUCCUUGAGAGAAUGAACACUCUUCUGGCCAAUGGAGAGGUACCUGGACUCUUUGAAGGUGACGAGUACACAACGCUGAUGACCCAGUGCAAGGAGGGCUCCCAGAAAGAGGGCAUGAUGCUCGACACAGGGGAGGAGCUGUAUAAGUGGUUCACACAGAAGGUCAUCCGUAACAUGCACGUUGUCUUCACCAUGAACCCCUCAACAGAUGGCUUGAAAGACAGAGCUGCCACCUCUCCUGCUUUGUUCAACAGAUGUGUGCUGAAUUGGUUUGGGGACUGGUCAAAUGGCGCCCUCUAUCAAGUGGGCAAAGAAUUCACCAACAAAAUGGACCUUGAGAAAACAAACUACAUUGCGCCAGAGUACCUGCACCGUGCCUAUGAGGGUCUGCCAGAUAGUCCAAGCCACAGAGAGGUAGUGGUGAAUGCCUAUGUAUACGUACAUCAGACGCUCUACCAGGCUAAUGCCAGAAUUGCUAAGAGGGGAGGACGCUCAACAGCUGUCACUCCUAGACACUAUCUAGACUUCAUCAACCACUAUGUGAAGUUGUUCAAUGAGAAGAGGUCAGAUCUUGAGGAGCAGCAGCUUCAUUUGAACAUAGGCUUGCAAAAGAUCAGAGAGACUGUGGACCAGGUAGAAGAAUUGCAGAAAUCACUCUCCAUCAAGAGGAGGGAGCUAGAGGAGAAAAACAUACUGGCCAACAACAAAUUGAAAGAGAUGGUGAAAGACCAACAGGAAGCUGAAAGGAAGAAGGUCGCCUCCCAGGAGAUCCAAGAAGCCCUCAACAAACAGACCAUAGUCAUUAAUGAGAAAAAGAAGUUUGUCAUGGAGGACCUCGCUAAAGUAGAACCAGCUGUCAUUGAUGCCAAACAAGCUGUGAAAAGUAUUAAGAAACAACAUUUGGUGGAAGUGAGAUCACUUGCUCGUCCCCCAGAGGCUGUACGUACCGCCCUUGAGUCAGUCUGCACACUCCUGGGUGAAGGAAAUGUAGACUGGAAAGGAAUGCGUGGGAUCAUAAUGCGAGAUAAUUUCAUCUCGACCAUUGUGAACUUCGACACUGAAAACAUAUCGGAUGAGAUUCGCGAGAAGAUGAUGUCCAAGUACAUCAGCAACCCAGAUUACAACUUUGAGAAAGUGAACAGGGCCAGUUUGGCAUGUGGUCCCCUUGUCAAGUGGGCUAUUGCACAGAUUCAAUAUGCUGACAUGUUGAGCAGAGUUGAGCCACUGAGGAACGAACUGAGCAGUUUGGAGGAAAGUGCCAAUGUUAACAGGUCCAAAGCAGAGGAGAUGAACAGACUGGUUGCCCAAUUAGAGCAGAGUAUUGCCAACUACAAGGAGGAAUAUGCCCAGCUUAUCAGUCAAGCUCAGGCCAUCAAGUCCAGCCUUGCUGCUGUAGAGGCUAAGGUUGAGAGAAGUGUAGCUUUAUUGAAAAGCCUUGGUAAUGAGAGAGAACGUUGGGAGGCUGGCAGUGAGACAUUCAAGAACCAGAUGUCCACCAUUGUUGGAGACGUCCUCCUCUCUUCAGCCUUCAUGGCUUAUGCUGGCUACUUUGACCAGCACAUGAGGCAAAGUCUGUUCACAAAAUGGUGUACCCAUCUACAGCAAGCCCAUAUCCAGUUCAGGCAUGACCUAGCCAGAACAGAGUACCUGUCUAAUGCUGAUGAGCGUUUGCGCUGGCAGGCUAACUCUCUCCCAGCCGAUGACCUUUGUACUGAGAAUGCCAUAAUGUUGAAGAGGUUCAACAGAUACCCCCUCAUCAUAGACCCCUCAGGCCAGGCCACUGAGUUCCUUCUGAAUGAAUACAAAGACAGGAAGAUCACAAAGACUAGCUUCCUUGAUGAUGCAUUCCGUAAGAACCUUGAGAGUGCCCUUCGAUUUGGCAACCCGCUAUUGGUCCAGGAUGUUGAGAGUUAUGAUCCAAUCCUGAACCCUGUACUGAACAGAGAGCUGCGUCGUACUGGAGGACGUGUCCUUAUUUCUCUAGGAGACCAAGACAUUGAUCUUUCACCCUCAUUUACCAUCUUCCUCUCAACUAGAGAUCCCACUGUUGACUUUGCCCCAGAUGUGUGCUCCAGAGUGACGUUUGUUAACUUCACAGUGACACGUAGCAGUCUCCAGUCCCAGUGCCUCAACCAGGUGCUCAAGGCAGAGAGGCCAGAUGUAGAUGAGAAGAGGUCUGACCUCCUCAAACUACAAGGUGAGUUCCACUUGAGACUUCGCCAACUUGAGAAGUCAUUGCUGCAGUCCCUCAAUGACGUCAAGGGCAAGAUCCUAGAUGACGACAGUAUCAUCAGCCAUCUUGAAACUCUGAAGAAUGAGUCAGCAGAGGUAGCAAGGAAAGUUGAAGAGACUGACAUUAUUAUGGCUGAAGUGGAGACAACAUCUAAGGAAUAUGUACCCCUAGCUCAGUCUUGUAGUAGCAUCUACUUCACACUGGAGUCUCUCAACCAGGUUCACUUCCUGUACCAGUAUGCCCUUCAUUUCUUCUUGGAUAUCUUCAACUCCAUUCUCAGCAACAACAAGCGACUUGAGGGUGUCAAGGAAUAUUCAAAACGUCUGAAAAUCAUCACAGAGGAUCUAUUCCAGAUCACAUUCUGCCGAGUGUCUUGUGGUAUGCUUCACCAGGAUAGGAUAGUGUUUGCUGUACUGCUAGCAAGGAUUAACCUUAAAGGAAUGGGAGACCCCAUGUACGACAAUGAGUUCCAACACUUCCUACGUAGUCAGGAAGGAAUCAUAGGAGAGAAGCAAGGUGGGGUAAACAUUGAAGGCCUCACCCCACAGCAACAAGCCUCAUUGCUGAGCCUCACCAAACUGCCUGCUUUCAAAUCCCUACCAAACAAGAUCCGGAACAAUCCGGAGUUCAUGUCUUGGCUAGAAUCCACUGCAGCUGAACACAAUGUGCCUGAUGUAGCAGACGAGCCAUCGACUUCUCCAGUGGGUAAGGCAAUGCAGCACAUGUUGGUGGUUCAGACAUUCAGACCUGAUAGGCUCAUAGCCUCAGCAACAACGUUUGUGCAAGCAGCCUUGGGGCAUAACUUCUUACAUGUCUCUGAGCAGGAGUUGAACCUUGGCCAUGUUGUAGAGUCUGAGAUCAAGGCACACACCCCAAUUCUGAUGUGCUCUGUACCUGGGUAUGAUGCCUCAGGACGUGUUGAUGAUCUCGCCUCUGAGAACAACCAGCCAUUGACAGCCAUUGCUAUAGGAUCUGCGGAGGGUUUUAGCCAGGCAGAUAAGGCAAUUAACUCAGCCUCUAAAACUGGGCGCUGGGUAAUGUUGAAGAAUGUACACUUGGCCCCACAGUGGCUUGUGCAACUGGAAAAGAAACUCCACAGUUUGACCCCUCAUCCUGGCUUCAGACUCUUCUUGACAAUGGAGAUCAACCCCAAGCUUCCAGUGAACUUGUUGCGUGCUGGACGAUGCUUUGUAUAUGAACCCCCACCAGGUGUCCGGGCUAACCUUCUGCGUACAUUCAACACAAUAUCUGCAUCAAGAAUGUGUAAAGCACCCAAUGAAAGGGCAAGAUUGUACUUCCUAUUGGCAUGGUUCCAUGCAAUUGUACAGGAGAGACUGCGUUACUCCCCAUUGGGUUGGUCCAAGAAAUAUGAGUUCAAUGAAUCAGAUCUGCGUUGCGCAUGUGACACCAUUGAUGUCUGGAUUGAAUCCGUUGCUAUGGGCCGUACCAACCUGCCACCUGAGAAGGUACCAUGGGAUGCCCUCAGAACAUUGCUUUCUCAAUGUAUCUAUGGAGGCAAGAUUGACAAUGACUUUGAUCAGAGAUUGCUGACUGCCUUCCUCAACAAGCUGUUUACCUUGAAGAGUUUUGACGGAGAUUUCCCUCUUGUGUCAAACAUAGAUGGCUCUGGCAAAAGUAUUACAAUGCCUGACGGAAUAAGGCGUGAACAGUUUGUCCAGUGGACAGACACUUUGAUGGACCAACAAACACCCAGUUGGCUAGGAUUGCCUAACAGUGCAGAAACUGUCCUUCUUACAACACAAAGUGGUGAGAUGAUAGCCAAGUUGUUGAAGAUGCAGCUUCUAGAAGACGACGAUGAGCUGGCAUAUGGGACUGGUACGGAGGAGAAGGCUAAAGAGGUCUCUGAUGGUCGUCCUGCCUGGAUGCGCACCCUGCAGGCAUCUGUCAUGACGUGGCUUAAACUUGUACCUAAGAGUCUGAGCAGCAUGAGGCGCACAGUGGAUAACAUCAAAGAUCCGUUAUUCCGCUUCUUUGAACGUGAAGUGAAUGCAGGUGUCCAGCUAUUGGCUGAUGUGCGACGUGACUUGCAGGAUGUCAUCCUCAUCUGCACGGGAGAGAAGAAACCAACCAAUCACCAUAGAAAUCUAAUGAGCGAUUUAGCUAAAGGGAUGAUCCCGUCACUGUGGAGGCGCUACACUGUACCAAGUGGACUGACUGUCAUACAGUGGAUAGUAGAUUUUGGGGAGCGUAUCAAACAACUCCAGAAUGUUGCAUCUGCCUCACAGUCUGGAGGAGCUAAGGAAUUGAAGUCGUUGCAAGUGUGGUUGGGUGGUCUGUUUAUUCCAGAGGCUUACAUCACAGCAACAAGGCAGUAUGUUGCACAGGCAAACAGCUGGUCACUUGAGGAGUUGUUCCUACAGGUGGAGGUUUCAGAUGGUAAAUCCAAUGUCAAUCUGGACGACUGUAGCUUUGGUGUUACUGGCUUGAAACUGCAAGGUGCCAAGUGCUCCAAUAAUAAACUGCAACUAUGUACAACAAUCACCACUGAUUUACCACUCACUACCCUACGCUGGAUCAGGCUUGAUAAGGUUCAGAAGGCAGACAGUAUCGUUACUCUUCCCGUGUAUCUGAACUCCACCAGGGCUCAGCUUUUAUUCACCGUAGACUUUGAGACCGUUGGUGAGGGCUCUGGAAAAGAUCACAGCUUCUAUGAGCGUGGAGUCUCCCUUUUGUCCUCGGCUCUAGGCUACACUGGAUAGACAGAUUUUGUAGAUGAUACAUAAUAUUGUAGAAACUUGCAUCUUGGAUUGACAUUCAUGAAGAUGAAUUGGAUUGAAGCAUCAUUUAGUUAAACCUAUUUACAGGCAUCUCUAGUUACUCUAGGCACUCUAGCUAAGUGCACGCUAGAGGGUGAAACACCUUAGGUGACCUUAUACUAGCCUAACUGUAAUAAUGAAUAUUGUUAAGGGAUAAAAACUGAAUUUAUAUUGAGUUAAUCACACACGCCACAAAUAUUCUCAUAUAGGACUUGAUAAUUGAUAUUGUUAUUUGUGAAAAAGUUAGACAUAGUAUGGAUAAUCAUGACAAAAAUCAUACCAGGCUAUUCUGAUCAUUAAUGUGUUACAAAUGAUUCCUGUCAUGACACAAACUCUCAAUGAAGCAAAGUAUAAAUUGAUUUCAAUAAAGAGUGGACUAAAUUAAAUAGAAUCUUAAUAAUUAAUUUCGCAUGUUAAACAAUGCCAGCUAUUACAAUAUAUAUGCCUGUCAGAGGUGGAUUUUUGGAGUAUCACACAGAAUUAAAGCAAUAAUAAAAAGUUGGAAGCCAAUGUAGAAAAUUCUGAUCAUGAAAUAGCUUAGAAUUAUUACGGUACCAGCACUUGAACUAUAAAUUGUAUAUUGAAAAUCAUUUGCAAAAUGCGUGUACUUGUUUGACAUUAUGGUACUAGGAAGCAUAAUAAAACCAAUUAGAUGAAAUACAUGCCCUUUAUUAUGUUGUGAUUUGCUUUCUAUAUAGAAUAAUAUGGUGGUUACAAUUUACAAUGACAAAUGACAAAUUACAAAAUAAUGAAGAUAAAUGAAAGAUGGUCUUUAUGAUAUUAAAGGAGUUUGCUUUGAAAAAGGAAUAGUGAAGUAAAAUCUUGUAUAAUUGAGGUUGAAAAAUAUGAGAACUCUCCUUAUAGAUUAUUUUAAACUGAAUCAUUUGUUUAUUAGUUAUUACACAAAUUAUGACAAAUUACAAAAAUGAAGAUAAAUGAAAUAAUGAUGGCAAAGAUCACACAUGACAGAAAAUAUAAAAGAGGAAAAGAUUAAAGGUAUAACAUCUUCGAAGUCUUGCAAUACUAUUAAGGUGGGACCUAGACAGCGAACAAAAAAAUGAUAACUAGAUUUUGACAGAAAUCUGGCAAUUUUAAAGGAUCUAGAAUAAAUGAGGUAAAAAUAUGAGAAAUGUU